UUUCCUCCCGUUCCACCUGAUCUCUCAUGUCUAAUCCCACCCCCGAUCUCUCCUCUCUCACCCACGACACAUGUUGCGCCGCCGCCGCCGUUGUUUCGUUCGGCACGCACCUCCUCACGGCGCACUCCUCGGCCGCCCCGUCGGAACGCUGCCUCCGUCUCCGUCUAGCCGUCGAUAACCUCCUUCUUGUAUCUUCCGUCGGAAAGGUGCAACAGGGAUCAUCUCUUUCUCGGGCGGCCACGAGCUCCAUCUCCAGAUCGGUGGCACACUACACCCAGAAGCAUGUAUCCGAUUUUUCUGGAGUCCGUGGGCGAACCGCCGCUCCACGCUCCAGAUCUGGCCGGAGGUACGCGCGGACGUCGGGGCAGUUUCAGUUGGGGAGUCUCGGUUGGGAGGGGCUCAGGGCAGGCCAGCGAAUGCAUACAGGGAAAAGAGGGAAAAUUGAAGAGCCAUAUUCUCUGUCCAUUUUGCUCUAUGGUGCUGAAAGCAAAAAAUUGAUUUACUUACAUCUGAAUCUUUUAGCCAUCAAAUUAUUGUUGCACUUGCGAGUCAAAAUGUGCAGAAAGAUGGAUCAAAGGCCACCACCGCAUCGACACAUUGACAUUGUUCUUGCUCCUCUCAUUUUCUUUCUUUCUGAAUCCCUCAAUCCAUCAGAGGAGCUCAAGUCCAAGUAGAGGCAGCUCAUGGACUUCUGAACAAAGACAAGGAACAAAGAAUCCCCCAAUGAGCAAAGAAUCCCCCAAUGCGCAAAUAUGUGUUUGUUAUUUUGCAACUAGCACGCAAAGAACGUCAGCCUUGAAACCUAAAGCGCUUUCUACUUAGAGAACUACUAGCUGAAACAGAGAAUUUCUGCAGCAGCACCAUUAUAUGGAGAAGUGUUGUUUUUUAAUGUUUACCAGGGGAAUCUACAUAUCACUAUCCAA